UAGUAAUAUAGUAUAAGUAUACUGUAAGUGUAAAACUCAUUAAAACUAUAUGUUGCGAGUUUGCGACUUUGCGAGACAUUAGCGUCGAGUAGUUAUUAGUUUAUUACUUUAUUUUAUUAGUUUCUGAUCUGACAGAUCUCUGAGCAGUAUUGCGUUCAUAAAUAGUGAUUAGUGAAUACAGUGAAGUGAACAGACGUGUACUUAUUACUAGACUUGUAACAAGUCUUCAAAGUUUUAAUGUAUUCAGUGUUCGUUAGUCGUUAUCAAAAUUCGUGCGUUCGUAAAUCGUAUAUAAUAUUAAUAUUAGUUGAUUUAUCGUAUUAAAGGAUUCAUAUUUUUUUCUCGAUUGUCCAGAGGUAUUUCACUGUCACCGAUUACCAACGUAUUUUUUGGUUGCUUCCAUUUUGACAACUAUUUAAGGCGCUUUACAUAUUCACCAGCAGUUUUUUGUCUAAUUCUAAUAUCAUCAUGCCUGAGUUUCUUGAAUUUAUAGGCGACUAUGAAGAAACGAAUUUUGAACGAUCUUCGUUCAAUUACGUUGACAUGUCGUCCGUGUUUCACUUGAAGGAUGUGAACUACACUAGACAGUUUGCACACAUUUAUGCUCACCGACUGGUUCAGAUGAGAGACAUUCUUCAGGCGAAAAUACAACAAAAAUGGGGUGAAGAGUGUGAUGUUUAUAAAUUAUCUGAGUUACACGAUAAAGUUGGUCAAGAAUGUAUUGUAAUUGGCACAUUAUUUAAACAUCAAGAAUUAAAACCCAGCAUUUUGAAGGAAAUUAGUGAAGAAAACAAUUUGAUUCCUCAAGCACCUAGAACUCAUUUUGUUUCUGACACGGAUGAAGUUAUUCUAGAAGAUGAAUUACAGAGAGUACCUUUAACAUUUGAUGGUUUGAAUGGUGAUAGUUUAUCAUUAAAAAAUAUUAUGACUGGAUGUAUUAUAGCAGUAAAAGGUAUUCCUCAAGAUGGUGGGAAAUUCGAUGUACUAGAUUUUUGUUGGCCCACACCAUCGGCUGCAUCUAAAGUUCUCACUACUCAGAGUUCUGGGCAUGAUAGGUUUCUUGUAUUAAUAAGUGGUUUAGAAUUAGCAUCUAAUAUCGCUACUAAUUUUCAAGUACAAUUAUUUGUAGAUUGGAUAUAUGGUUUACUGGGUGAUAAAAAAGAAAACAGUAAAGUCUCAAAAAUUGUUCAAGUUUUAAUAGCUGGAAAUAGCAUACGUAGUACUCCAAUGAAAAAGCCAAAUUACCGAGACAAAAUAGAUGAUUUUCCUCGAGACAUUCAAGCAAUUAAACAAUUAGAUGACAUAUUAUUGCAAUUAGCUUCAACUGUUGAUGUCCAAAUUAUGCCUGGAGAAUUUGACCCUACAGAUAGAACAUUACCACAACAAGCAUUCCACAGUUGUUUAUUUCCCAAAGCUUCUGAAUAUUCAAGUUUACAUAGAGUAACAAAUCCAAAUAAAUUUGAAAUUGAAGGCCAUCUUAUAAUUGGAUCAUCUGGACAGGCUGUACAAGAUGUCCUCAGAUUUACAAGCUUAGAGGAUCCAAUUGAUAUUAUGGAUAGAAUAUUAGAUUGGGGACAUCAAGUACCAUCUGCACCUGACACAAUUCCAUGUUAUCCAUUUGAAGGACAAGAUCCAUUUAUAAUAAAAGAAAUGCCAGAUGUGUUUUUUGUAUCAAAUCAACAAUCAUUUAAGACAUCACUUAAAAUAAAUACCAGUGGCAAACCUACGAGACUUAUAAGCGUGCCGUCUUUUUCAUUAACUCAAACUUGUGUUUUAUUGAAUCUCAAUAAUUUAGAAUGUUAUCCCGUAUCAUUUAAGACAUUUGCCCCUUAAUAGCACUCACUUUUAUUUUAUAUUAUAAAGAAGGAAAAUAAAUGCUAUAUAUUAUAUAUUUUACAUCAUCAAUAAUCACAUAUUUUUACUAUACAUUUAAA